AUGGCAGUUUCCUCCUUCUACAUCAUCUCAGCUUCUCUUGCACUUAUAAUUGGGACUGCAAGCUGCAGCUUAUCUCUGACGCCUGAUGGUUAUUGGAACAGGGUGUUCCCAAGCACCCCCAUGCCAAAUGCCAUUAGAGAACUCUUGUCCCCCUCUCCGUCAGGAUCUGGUGGUCGUAACCUCACUAACAGUUCUCCUCCUACCCCUAUCUUCCCUACCAAAGCUUGCUGUUGUAAGUGGGCCGCGAUGAGCGGUUACCCUGGCUUAAGCCCCAUGAACUGCCCACCGAACAAUGCACCUCUUUAUUCCCUGAGGGAAGACAUGCAGCCUGGUAGCAAGAUGAACGUCACCAUGAUGAUCACCCCCGUAGCUUUAAGUGGUGGCCGUUUCUUCCCCCGCCAGCGAGCUCAAGCAAUUCCCUUCUCAACCUCCAAUCUCACUGCUAUCCUCAAGAUGUUCUCCAUUCAACCCGAAUCCGACCGUGCUUCUCUUAUCAGGGAAACGCUUCAGGAUUGUGAGGCGGCUGCAAUUAAAGGAGAAGUAAAGCACUGUGCAACAUCGCUGGAGUCGAUGAUCGAUUUCGUUGUUGCGGAGUUGGGAACAAGAGAGAUUCAUGCGGUGUUCACUUCUGCUGUUAACAGAGAGGAGGCUGUGAAAGUCAGGAGUUACAGAGUUGGUGCUGGUGGUGGAAGGAUGAUGACCAAUAAAGUUAUGACAUGCCACAACACUGUGUUUCCUUACGCUGUAUUCUACUGCCACAAUUUCGCGGGGACAAGGGUAUACAUGGUUCCGUUGGUUGCUGAAGAUGGUAGCCGAGUGAGCGCCAUUGCUUUGUGCCAUAUCGAUACAUCAAACUGGAAUCCCCGGCAUGAGAGCUUCAGGGUGCUGGGUGUGAAGCCAGGAACUGUGCCCAUUUGCCACUUCAUUGUAGAGGGCCUUGCUUGGGUCCCCAACUGA